AUGUUCAUCAACAUUAUCCUCGCCGGAAUUCUCGUGUCGCCAGUCUUAUCUAUACCCAUCAUCUCCGCUGCGACAAAUAAAGUUAUCACCUGGACGAAUUGCGAUGCGUUGGCGCCCAACCUACAAUGCGCAAAUAUGACUUUGCCGAUUGAUUGGGAUGCCCCGGGCGGAGGUGGCACAUUCUCCCUAGCUAUGGUCAGACUUCUUAGAUCUUCCAAAGGAAGCAGCAGCGAAAGACUGGGAUCGCUUUUCGUGAACCCGGGUGGUCCUGGCGGCAGUGCGAUUGAAUUGGUCUCUGCCAUCACGAAAGGUUUAUUCCCUGUGUCACCCAAUAUCCUCGAAAGAUUUGACAUAAUUGGUGUGGAUCCGCGAGGUGUUGGCAUGAGUACGCAGGUUGUGUGUGAUCCAGAAAUUUGGAACGAACGGGUCUCCAAAUUCCCAAAGACCAAGCAGGACUACGACCGUUUAGUAUCCAAGAACACAAGAUUGGGUGAGAGCUGUCUAAAAUUGACUGGACCACUCUUCAAUCAUGUCGAUACCAUUUCUUCAGCGAAGGAUCACGAAGCUGUACGGGCAGCACUUGGAGAGGAAAUGAACUGGUUGGGCUUGUCAUAUGGUUCGCAGCUAGGUGCCCAAUACGCUCAGUUAUUUCCUGAGAAUAUCCGAGUCAUGGUCCUCGAUGGUAUCGUACAACACAGUCAAUCCCGAACCUCCAAUAUCCUCAUCGAAAGCACUACAUAUGCUGCUACGCUCGAGCAGUUCUUUCUGUGGGCGGAGAAAGACAAAACAAGUCCUUUGAAGGGUCGCAAUGUCAAGCAGAUGUGGUAUCGCCUACUCAGCGACGCAAUGCAGACACCUAUACCAGUUCCGUCUUGCGAGAAGCCGGAUUUGUGCUUCCCUGAUGUGACAGAAGACGAGAUUAGGCUGAGUGCACAAGAAUUUCUCAUACCAUCUACAACUUCCUCAAAAAUUGACUUCGCCAAUGCACUGCUCAACGCCAGCGAGGGGGAUGCGGGACAAUUCGCCCCUACUUUCGCGAAGGAUGGUGACAGAAGUUCAUAUGCAGAGCUUGCGAUUGGCUGCCAGGACUGGUUUACUGGGCCUAUCUCCUUUGAAGAACUGCAAGCUACAAUGAGAAUGAGUGAAGUCUUCGCACCUCUCACAAAGGGAGCUUCGGAGUCAUGGACGCUACAAGCUUCUUGCCUAGGAUGGCCAUCACCGCGGAGCAAUCCACCAGCCAAGCUCGACGUCAAGACAAGAAAUCCUAUCCUCUUAGUAAAUUCCUUGCGUGAUCCUAGUACCAGCUAUACUUGGGCUGUGGGCAUGCUGGACGAAAUCAAGAACAGUAUUUUGCUGACACGCAAUGGUGAUGGACACACUAGUUGGGGAUCACAAGGAGCCACAAUGGACGCGAUGAAUCAUUUCCUCAUCACAAAAGAUUUGCCCGCACCAGGCAAAGUCUUGGAUACUUGA